CCGCGACUCUCGCCCACACCACCAGCAUGUCGGACCAGCCUCUGUACCGCGACCCCUGGGCAAAGCGCGAGGCGUGGCGCAAGAACCCGAUCUUCUCGAACAAGUCCAUGUUCCGCAACCUGUUCCCUGGAUUCGGCAUCGCCGUCGUCGCCUUUACCGCCUACGUCGCUUACGACAACACGGUCAACGCCGCCAAGAAGUCGUCGCACCACUAGAAGCAACGGCUCGAGGACGCAGCAGGAGCGCGUUCUGGACGUCGCGCCGCGGUAAGGAGGACCUGUAACGAUGCGAGGAGUGUUUUCUGUG